GCGGAGUGCCUGUGGGAACCGAGAAGAGCAGGGUUGAGGCGCGCGCGCGGAAGCGGAGGAAGGUAGGCAGGAUAGGUUGGUUGGCUCGGUCAGCCUUUCCCUCCGCCCUCCCGCGGAGAAGAAGGCCAGGUGGAAAAGAUGAUUGAAGAAAGUGGAAAGAGGAGAAGGACGAUGGCAGAGAAAAGACAGCUCUUCAUGGAAAUGAGGGCUCAGAAUUUUGAUGUCAUCCGACUGUCAACAUAUCGGACUGCCUGCAAACUCAGAUUUGUGCAAAAAAGAUGUAAUUUACAUCUUGUGGAUAUCUGGAAUAUGAUUGAAGCCUUCAGAGAUAAUGGCCUUAACACAUUGGACCAUAAUACAGAGAUCAAUGUAUCUCGACUAGAAACUAUCAUUUCCUCCAUUUACUAUCAACUGAAUAAACGCCUUCCAUCUACUCACCAGAUCAGUGUGGAGCAAUCCAUCAGCCUUCUCCUCAACUUCAUGAUAGCAGCAUAUGAUAGUGAAGGUCAUGGGAAAUUGACAGUAUUUUCCGUAAAGGCAAUGUUGGCAACUAUGUGUGGUGGAAAAAUUCUGGAUAAGUUAAGAUAUAGUUUUUCUCAAAUGUCAGAUUCCAAUGGAUUGAUGAUAUUUUCAAAAUUUGACCAGUUUCUAAGAGAAGUUCUGAAACUUCCUACAGCUGUUUUUGAAGGGCCUUCGUUUGGAUACACAGAAAACUCUGUGCGAACAUGUUUUCCUCAGCAGAAAAAAGUAAUGUUAAACAUGUUUUUAGACACCUUAAUGGCUGACCCUCCACCCCAGUGCCUUGUGUGGCUACCUCUGAUGCAUAGACUUGCCCAUGUUGAAAAUGUCUUCCAUCCUGUGGAAUGUUCUUACUGCCGGUGUGAGAGCAUGAUGGGCUUCCGAUACCGAUGCCAGCAGUGCCACAACUAUCAGCUCUGUCAAAACUGUUUUUGGCGUGGCCAUGCAAAUGGCCCUCACAGCAACCAGCAUCAGAUGAAAGAGCAUUCCUCUUGGAAAUCGCCUGCCAAGAAGCUGAGCCAUGCCAUUAGUAAAUCUCUUGGUUGUGUACCCACUAGAGAUCCUCCUCACCCUGUAUAUCCGGAACAGCCAGAGAAGCCCCUUGACCUUGCCCAUAUAGUCCCUUCUCGACCUCUCGUUAACAUGAAUGAUGCCAUGGUUACCCAUAUGUCCUCCGGAGCCCCCACACCAACAAAAAGGUUGCAGCAAAGCCUCGCCCCCUCCGAUGGGCUCAGUGAUGAGCAUGUGCUGAUAGCAGCCUAUGUGAGCCAGCUACAAAGCAGCACACGUAGUGUCCUGGACAGUCCUAGCAGACUGGAUGAAGAGCAUCGGUUAAUUGCUCGGUAUGCUGCCAGGUUAGCUGCUGAAGCUGGAAAUGUGACACGGCCACCAAUAGAUCUGGGGUUCAGUUUUGAUGCCAACAAACAGCAAAGGCAACUGAUAGCAGAACUGGAAAACAAGAACAGAGAAAUACUGCAAGAAAUUCAGCGCCUCAGACUAGAACACGAACAGGCUUCCCAGCCAACACCUGAAAAAGCCCAGCAGAAUCCAACUUUACUGGCUGAAUUAAGGCUAUUGCGGCAAAGGAAAGAUGAAUUGGAACAACGAAUGUCUGCUCUUCAGGAAAGCCGAAGGGAACUGAUGGUACAACUGGAAGGACUCAUGAAACUGCUCAAGGAAGAAGAACAAAAACAGGCAGCUCAGGCAGCUGGUUCUCCACAUACUUCCCCAACCCAUGGGUCUGGCCGCUCUAUGCCAAUGCCAGUCAGGUCCACAUCUGCUGGUUCUACCCCAACUCAUGUACCCCAAGAUUCACUUACUGGUGUUGGUGGAGAUGUCCAGGAAGCAUUUGCACAAGGAACUCGGCGGAACCUCCGUAAUGAUUUACUGGUAGCAGCUGAUUCCAUUACCAAUACAAUGUCAUAUUUGGUGAAGGAGCUUCAUUCAGGGGGAGAGGAAGGAGGUGAGGAGGAAGAAGAGGAGGACAAGAUGCAGAAUGGGAAGGACCGAGGUUAAAUAAAAAAAUCUGGACCAACCAGAGGUUUAAGUAACAAGGUGUGAGCUCCUAUACUAAAGAUGUCUCCACAUCCUUCAGAAGAGGCAUGAUCCAACUGACACAUCCACCAUUGUGAAGCUGUGACUAACAACAAUUGCAGGGGAGCAGUCUUCUUCCAACAGACACAAUGGCUUUUCUGGGGGGAGGGCAGGGCAGGGGCAUCUCCUUAAAUUUGCAUGUCCUAUUUCUGUAGGUGUUCAGUGCUAACUGGACAGAGCCUCAUCUCUGUUUCAAUGAGAAAGCUUUUUGAAUAAUGGCUUCUGAAAAUGCAAGCCGCCUUCCUGUAAAUUGUCCCCAUUCUCUACCUGGGCUUCAUUGUUCACACCUUAUCAUGCUCUGGCAGUUACAUUUGUGAUCUUCAAGUCCCCCAUGUGCAGACUUGCAACCAGCUGAAUUUCUUCACCAAGUAACAGAGAUGAAUGCUGGCUGGGGAUUCUGAUAUGGCGGCAGCUCCUCUUGCCUUUUCAGAAUGGUGGCUUUUGUCUGUGAAUGGCAGGUUGCUUGGGUUGUUUGUGAAUGCAUGUCACACAGUGCCAGUGAGAAGCAAGGUGUGCCAGAUGGUGGGGUUGCCAGGAGGCAACUGACCUGGGUACCAUUAAAGAUAGUUUAGUGGUAAAUGGAUAGGUCUGACCUACAAGGUUAAUCCAACUGGAGGUUUUUCUGUCAGUCCUGUCAAAAUGAAUGAGAGCACCACUAGAGCAUUAUCACCACCGUGCCCCUGUGCAGCUGGCUUGUUUCAGUGAGUUGUGGCCUAGUAGAUGGUGCCCUCGGUUUCAUUUAUUCAAUGGGCAUUAAAAUGAGCAUUUUCACCAUGAGCAUUCUAGUGAGUCUUGUGCUUGUCCUGAUAUCAGGAGAAGGAUGGGAGAAAGAUCCAGUAUCUGGCAGCUACCUUUAGAGAAUUCUCAGAACAGGUGGUUUUGUGGUUGUCGCCUUAUAUGAUGGCUUAGUGAAAGAAAGCUGUUUUAAGCAAGUACUGCUAUCACUCAAUGCCCUUUCCAACAUCAAAUGCCAGUCAGCCUGCUGCUCUGGUGGCUGAGAAACCUUCUAUCAUUCCCUUCUAUCCAUAGUGAUUCCCUUUUUCUUUCAGAAGCUUGCUCUGAGGGAAAUGUGGAGUAGCCUUGGAGUGAACUCUGACUAAGCUGGCUGGGUGUACUGGUUCUCCAGGGAGCAGACUUACAAUUUCCAUAUUGCCUUUUAGGGGUUAGAGAAAGUCAUGCACAAAUGUUCAACUGUUUUUGAAGAUCUGAAACUCCAGUUUUAGGACCAAGAGCUUCACUUUUCUAAAGCCCCAAUUUGUACAGUCAUAUAGGACAUUCUACAUCUGUCCUAUUUUGUUGAUUCAGAUUAGGUAAAUGAAGUGCUACUUAGCCUUUGUAUUAUAAAUAGUUGCCUGUAGCUAUAAAGAUACACACAGGCAAAUAUCCAAAGCCGGGAUUAUUGUGGCCACAGCAAAACCUACAAUCAGAAAUUGGGGAAUUUUUAACCAUUUUGUUUUAACCAUUUUACCAACGCAAGCCAUACCUGAUUGGAACAGAUUAGAGGUUUUCCAAUUCAGCAGUCAUAUUUAGGUUCCUCUAUGGUGACUUGCCUCCAUCAUGUAUAGUAGAUGAGCAGAAAAACAUAGCUAAACCUAGUAGAUGCCAAUAGUGAACCAUUUUUGUAGAGUUCUAAGGAAAACGAUUUAGAAAUCUGCAUAGUCACCAAGAAUGGAGUCAAUUCUAGAGGCUGUUUACCUUGUUGAAAGUACAAAAUCAUUACCAUUAUCAAUGUACUGGUCUACUGGUCAAAAUAAAAAAAUCUGCCUGUAGAUCCUGUUCUGUCUUCUGCUCAAGCCUGGAGCACAUGACAGCAUAAUCCCUGCUUAAGAAACAUUAUUUCCAUCUCCUGCCAGUCUAGAAACCAAGAGGUCAUGCUGGAUGAGAUGGUUUGUUAGAUUUCACACUAGGUCCUCUAUGCACAAAUGUGCCAGCUUCAGGAGGAGGAGCAGCAGUUUUCAACCAGCCUCAAAUUGCCAUGUCUGUCUUUUGCAGCUGAAAAGGCCCUGCAUUUUAAAGCUUCUCUUCCUGCUGUCAGCUACCUCCAGAGAGCAACUCUCAUACAGUUGUAUCUCUGCCCUUUCUUGCAAUCCAGUCCAGGAAGUGAUUAUAACAGAAAGGCUCAUUUCUGCAUGAAAUUCCAAGAUCAGUGGUUCAGGCCAUGACAAGACAAAUAAGGGGUUUCUACCCUGCACUUGUGUCAGUGCCAUGUGUCUGGAUCACUUCAUCCACAACACAUUUUUUAGCCUACAAAAUAAUUAACAUAUGCUUCAUAUUACUGGAAUUGAAGGGCUUCUGUAUUGACUUUAAGGCAUUUUCUAAGCUUUCCUGACAGGCUGAGAUGCAUAGAGGAGCUAAUAGCUCAUCCUUCCAUCUGUAUUCCCCAAGAGCUAAGGAAGUACUUCUUUUCCCCAAACUGCCCUUCACCUCUAACACUUGGGCUUAGGAGACAGGUACAUCACUGAGCUGUUGGCCAAAGUUCAACAGCCACAAAAUCCUGGAGGAGGCAGUGUCAAAUUGAACUGGGUUCCCUCUCUUGUACAAUGAAGAAUGCCCCUGAACACACAUAAAGUUCAUCUGAGGAUCCUGCGUGGCUCUGAAUUGCAUCUCUGACCUAGUUGAAAAGAGAAAUAAUGAAAAAAAAGUAUUAUGUGGCAAGAAAUAGGCAAAAUAAGGGGUCAAACUCUUUCUCUGCCAUCCAUUGCUAAGGAACAUCUUGGCAAUUAUAUUACUGAAGCUGAAGAUGUGCCCAAGACUACUGGUUUAGCUAGCUGGUCUCCAGAGAAUUUGGCGUUGCUGUUCCAGCUGCCCAUGCAUGCUUGCCAAACCUUCUGGCUCACUCUCUUCUCUAGGUAUGAACUCUUGCAAUUCAGGCAAAACAUUUUUGGCUGCUGGGAUUUGGCAAGGAGAGGAAUCUGUUCCAAAGCAUUUUGCAGUAUGCUUUUCAAUAUGGUGAAUGUGCCUUUGAAAGCCAGGAGACAGACAGAUCUCCCAACUGCAGUUGAAAAAGAUCUGCUCUCGGGGCCUGUGUGCAGGGCUUAGUGCUAUCUAAUAUUUUUGGCUGGAAGAAAACCAGUCAUCUGUUUUUCAAAAUGCUGUUCAGUUGCUGCUUUUCCAGAGAUCCAAUGAAGUUGGGAACUUAGCUAUACUUAGACUGUGUUCACAUGACAUACUAAUCACCAACAAGCUAAUCCAGGCUUUGGGAUUAAUUUAUAUUUCAGUGUAUUGUGUGAGCCAAGAAAAAUGGGUAAUUGAGUAAACUAUGUUUCAGGUAACCAUGGAUGGAUAUUCUGUAGCCAAAGUGUGUUACUGUAGGGGGUGGAAAUUUUUCACUGAAUCAAAAGACAUUUCUUUUGAAUCUAACUUGUGGUUUUGAAAUAUGUGACCAAGAAAAACCUACAGUAUAUGGCUAUUGGUUUAUGAGUUUAGGAGCGCCAAGAUUGUGGGGCUGGAGUCAGAUCCAAAAAGAUGGCUUGUGAAUGGGAAGGAACAGAGAGGCAUCCAUCUUCUUGUGGCAGUAUGGCACUGGAAGCAGGGACAAUGCAGGCAUUGAGUCACAUGAUAGUAAGAUGGGUGGCAUGUAAAUGUAGUUAAGGUGAGCCUCCUCCUUCAGAAGCCACUGCGUGAUUCUGCUGCUAUUGGGGAAGACCAACCUUUCAGAUCCAUUGUGCACAUCUGAUCCACAAUGCUGAGUCAGUAGAAUCUUCACAUACCAUGGCAUAAGUGUAGUAAAAUAAAUUGCCUCCAGAAAGGGAGCAAUAAAGCUUCUCUGAGGUUUCAUCUAGGCUGGCUAGCCUUUGGAAUAGAAUUUAGUCUGAUCCUGAUAAAGAAAGGACAGAGCAGGUAUGUCAGAUGUAGCAGAUCUGAGAGGAACUGAGUGAAAAAUCUUCCUAUGUUUUGCUUCUACUGUUCUGGCAAUCGGCUCUAAAGUAAAACAAGUCAUUAUGAUCAGGCUUGUUUUCCUAUUCCAAGGAUAUGUCAACAACCUGCCUUAAAUUGUUACUUCAGGAUCAAAAGAGCUCCUUUUGAAAGGAGGACAUUAGGUUUUCAGGAGCCCCUGCUUACCAGAAUGCCCUCUAUUUAUGUCAUGUUAAUUGGUGUUAGUAUUGGGUAGUAAAGUAUUGGGGAGAAGGGGAAAACAGCACUGAAUGAAACAAAAGAUAACCAAACAGGAAGUUUCAACCUAGCAGACUAGAGCACUUCAAGAUACUGUAUGGGUACAGAUGCCUGUCCCUACACAAGAGUUUGCAUAAAGAUGUUAAACAUGGGAAAGGAUCAUUAACAUAGAUUAAUUGAACUUUCCUCAGAAUAGAUGUGUAUUUAAAAUAUUUUGGUAACAAAAUGAUCCAGUCGCUGUACUCUUGUUCACUUUCUCUCUCCUUCCCUCCCUCCCUUCUCUCCCCUCCCCCCAAUGGCAAAGUUUGGUUGCUUUACUUGAUCCACAAUUAGUCCCUCAAAACCAGCUCCUUGGAGAAGGCAACUGAGAAGAGAACUUGGUUUUGUUUAUCAGAAUCACAGAAUAGACAAGUGUGAAUUCUUGGCAAGCUGUCCAUCAUCCAGAUUUCUCUAUGUCUAAGUAAUUUGGUAUGUGGGUACAGGGCACUUUGGUAGGUAUGAGUGAAUGACCAGAAAAGAUAAGCAGACCCAGUAGUAGUCCGGAGGCAACAGCUUUGAUAGAGCUCUGGGACAGCAUGGGGGGGGGGCUAACUGAGGGGCUUUGCUGUUCCUAUUUUCUGGGUGACCUGGCUUGCAGCUGUGGGAGAGAGCAGUGGAUAGAUUAUGAGAGCAGAUUAAAAUGAAAUAAGACUUCUAGCCAGCCACAUAGACUCGUAGUUCAGAAAGAUUUUGCUCUGCAUGCAGAAAUUAAGCUCAUUUGGGAAAGUUGCUCCUCCUCUUUAGUGUUCUCUGAAAGGAGCAAUUCUCUUCCUCAGGACAUCCUGGAAGGGACAGGGAAGAACCUAUGUUAGUGAAACUGUCAGCACAUGUCUGGGAACUGGCAUCAGCUGGCAAGAAUUAGAGAUUGGCUGUCAUCAUACCACACACCUACUUUGGUUACUGAAUUUUCUAUAGUUCAUCCAGCCCCAUUUUCUAAAUUCAUUCAGUAUGUUGACCCUAGACUAACACCAUGAUAACAUAAAACUAAAAUAAUGUAGCUUCACAUGUUGUGCAAGUGCAGCUGCUGGUUCUUUGAUACAGCCAUGAUGUAUCUAGGCAUCUGAGUGAAGUGUGAUUGAGACAAGACAUGCUAGACCAAACAGGAGGCAGAACAGACCUGCUUCCACAUAGAAACUAAAGGCAAGCCAGCCAGUAUUCUCCCUAGGAUACAAAGAAGGUACUGGAGCAAAGCUUCCCUCCCACUAUUAUUCCUGGAUGCUUUCAAUUGGUUUGGCCCUUGCUGAUUUUGGCUUGCCAAUGCUGCAGUGUGACCACAUUAUCACUGGGGUAGGUAUGAUCCUGUACAAAGAUACGGAAGGCAAGCCAAAUAUGCUGAUUGUUACCAAGAUGUAGUGGAGGACUGUGUUUUCCUGUUGAGACAGAAAACAGGCAGAAUUUCUCUAGAAAUGAUGAUGUGGAGAGCAAGGAAAUUGUGCACUGUGUAUGUGUGAAUGUAAGUAUGCAUUCUCUUUUUGACAUCCUGGAUCUCAAAAAAUACUAGCUCUAAAACUGGCAAUUAAUACUUCCUUGUCUACUACGCAGCACACCAAAAGCUAGGCUUGGUACAAUGAAAACCAAUGUGAGGAUGAAUGUAAUACCAGUUUACAACUGUUUUCCCAUUCAUACUUGAGUGAAUGUGUAUAUGUGUGAGUACAUAUGAGUGCAUGAGUACAAAUAUUUUCACUACAGUUUGUUAAAAUAUAUGGGAGAUUCUGUACAUGUUGGGAACAAGUCUAAUAGAAAGCUGUAAACUAGAAGCCAUGUUUUCUCAUCUGCCAAAUAUUUAAUAAAUGAGUCCUAUCCA